AGAGAGAGAGAGAGAGAGGACAAAGCAUUUUGAGAGAAGCAACCUAAAACAGAUAGGAAAACAGGGACAUGCCGUUUUCCAUUCUUCAAUCCUAAAAUGCAGUUAGGGUGUUCAUAUCCAUAUCCCACAAAACAGUUUUUGUUCCUUACGUGUUUCUUGGGGCCUUGAGAUAUGGGAGCAUGUUGUAGUAAGGAUGCCAAUUUCGGUGAAGGAGGUGUGGUGUUUGAGGAUUCCUUGGAAGAGAGGGAAUACGAUGGUGUUGAGGAGGAUGAUAAUGUCACCAUUGGAGAUUAUGGGGCCCGAAUGAGAUUGCAAGGAGCUUCCAAAUACGUUUCCAUGUAUUCCCAACAGGGAAAAAAAGGGGUUAAUCAGGAUGCCAUGACUGUUUGGGAGGAAUUUAUUGGUAAUAAAGGCAUGUUUUUCUGUGGAGUGUUUGACGGUCAUGGUCCCUACGGCCACAAGGUUGCUCGCCAUGUUCGUGAUACUUUACCCUCUAGGCUCUCCACCGCUAUCAAACUAUCACAGGUUAAUAACUUAAGAUAUGGUGAUGAUGCUGUCGAUGGAAACGAUAGUGAUGGAGCAGAUAAAAGUGAUGCUAGUAACAAAGAAUAUUAUAAUGAUGAUAGUAAGAGAACUAUACUCUUGUCUUCAUGGGAGGCCAGUUUUGUUAAAUGCUUCAAGGAUAUGGAUCAAGAACUAAGCCUUGAUGCUAGCAUAGAUAGUUUCUGCAGUGGUGCUACUGCUGUAACUGUAGUUAAACAGGGAAACCACUUGGUAAUAGCCAAUUUGGGCGACUCUCGUGCUAUUCUUUGCACUAGAGGCGGCAGAAACCAACUCGUUCCCAUCCAACUCACAGUUGAUUUGAAACCCAAUAUUGCAAGUGAAGCUGAAAGAAUUAAGAAUUUAAAUGGCAGAAUAUUUGCAUUGAAAGAAGAACCAGAUGUGUUUAGAAUAUGGAUGCCCGACGAAGAUUGUCCAGGUCUGGCGAUGGCCAGGGCCUUUGGAGAUUUCUGCCUGAAAGAUUAUGGCCUCAUCUCAAUUCCUGAAGUUUCUUAUAGAAGGCUUACAAAAAAUGAUGAAUUUGUGGUUCUUGCAACCGAUGGGAUAUGGGAUGUGCUAUCGAAUUUUGAUGUAAUUCGGAUAGUUGCCUCAGCAAGAAAGCGAUCAUUGGCUGCUAAAAUGGUAGUAAAAUACGCAGUUCGGGCAUGGAAAAAUAAAUAUCCAGGUUGCAGGGUAGACGACUGUGCAGUUGUAUGCUUGUUCCUGAAAAGUAGAACUGUGUUAGCAAGAUCCUUCUCUGAAAUGAGCAGGGUCAGUGCAAAUCACACAGAGCUUGCAGAAAACUAUUCAGAAGUGAGCCGGGCUAGCGUAAAUCGUUCAGAGAUUGCGGCAGUUCCUCAAAGACCUAAAGCAACUAAAAGUGUUCAAGGAGGCCAUGGCCAUGAAUCUAUACAUGCCAAGGCCAUCAUAGGCUCAAAGGAGAGCACUUCUCCUGAGUGAAUAACUAGGGUAAAUUCGUUUGUUAAGCUUCCUCCGCUUGGAAAUUCUUUGAGAGCGGAAAUCGUCCAAGGAUGAAGAUUGAUGAUGAUGAUCUUCCUGAAGAAUGAAAAAUCUUGGAAAGCUAACAGUGAGAUCUUACCAAAGAGAUUGUCAACUCAGGGAAUUUAUACAUCAUAUGUACAAAAUACAAAAGCCCAACUCUCAUCUUUGAUGUUUAUCCCUGAUUUGCUUGAAUUAAUUGUUCUCUGAAAUGCUAA